UUGGCCAAUGCAUCACUUCUCUUUCUUUUUUACAACUUCCAUUGCCUUCCUCUAAACUUCUAUUCCAUCUUCUUCCAUUCAUCAUUGCAUGCUUUGGAAUCAAAACCAGAGGAAAUACACACAUACCCAUCAAUACCCAUCAUGUCUUUUUAACCCAAAUACUUGAACCCCUCCUUUCCUUUUGAGUUAUUGUUUCAUAAAUUUCGAAUUUGAGCGUUUUUCUUUAUGUGAAUUCUAUCGUAUUCUUCGAUUCUCUUCGUGGGUUCUUGUGGGUGUUUCUUCUUUUGCCUCAUCUUUGCUUCUUUUUCGAGUUUCUAAUGGGACCCAUUAGAGGGUUCAAGAGGAAGAAGCAGAAGAAGGCACAGAAAAAGGUUGUCCAAUAUGUCUUCGCUGCUGCUUCACUGUCGUUUCAGCCACAGCCCUUGGAUUGGUGGGAUGAGUUCUCACAGAGGAUUACUGGACCAUUAUCUCAGUCCAAGAACACAAAAUUUGAGUCAGUUUUCAAAAUUUCAAGAAAAACAUUCAGCUAUAUCUGUUCUCUUGUUAAGGAAGCUAUGAUGGCUAAAACCUCAAAUUUUACCGAUUUAAACGGCAAGCCUUUGUCUCUAAACGACCAAGUCGCCGUUGCUCUUAGGCGACUUUGCUCCGGUGAAUCAUUAUCAAAUAUUGGUGACUCAUUUGGAAUGAAUCAAUCAUCAGUUUCUCAAAUAACAUGGCGUUUUGUGGAGGCAAUGGAAGAGAAAGGCAUCCGCCAUCUCUCGUGGCCUUCGACAGAAGAAGAUAUGGAUCAGAUAAAGUCCAAGUUCCAGAAAAUCAGAGGUCUACCUAAUUGUUGCGGUGUAAUCGAAACGACGCACAUUAUGAUGACUUUGCCAACGACAGAAUCUGCAAAUGGCGUCUGGCUUGAUCGCGAGAAAAACUGCAGCAUGAUCUUGCAAGUGAUUGUAGAUCCAGAAAUGAGAUUCUGUGACAUCAUAACAGGUUGGCCAGGAAGCUUAAGCGAUGCACUCGUGCUUGAAAGCUCAGGUUUUUUCAAACGUUCACAAGAUGGCGAGCGGUUGAACGGAAAGAAGAUGAAACUCUCAGAAAAUUCAGAACUAGGAGAGUAUAUUAUAGGAGACUCUGGCUUUCCACUGUUGCCAUGGCUACUAACUCCUUACCAAGGGAAAGGCCUUGCAGAUUACCAGACCGAGUUCAAUAAGCGCCAUUUCAGUACCAGGUUGGUGGCUCAAAGGGCAUUGACAAGGUUGAAAGAGAUGUGGAAGAUCAUUAAAGGGAUAAUGUGGAAGCCUGAUAAACAUAAGCUACCAAGGAUCAUUCUUGUUUGCUGCUUACUUCACAAUAUAAUGAUCGAUAUGGAGGACGAGAUGCAAGACGAAAUGCCGUUGUCUCAUCAUCACGAUCCGAGUUACCGACAACAAAGUUGCAAAUUCGUCGACAAUACUGGUUCGAUCACGAGGGAGAAACUUUCCAUGUACUUAUCUGAAAAGUUAACACCUUAAGAGAAUCUCGUCGUGCACGAAAACAUUCUUUUUUUUCUUUUCUUUUUGAUAGAUUGAUCUGUGCUGCUGUUUAUUCAAAUUGCCCAAAUUGUUGUUCACUCAUUUAGAUGCUAUUGAUAGUUCAUUAUAGAUAUCUCUGGUGAUUAUAUGGUCUGCUAAAUCUAAACAGAUAGAUACCCAGUUUCCUUCUCUACAAACAUUAUGCUGAACUGUUUGGAACUUUGAGCUGAAGAAAUUUCA